ACCCCACUUGUGGGAUUAUACUGGGUCGUUGUUGUUGUUGUUGUUGUUGUUGCAUAUGACCUAAAAAGUUACUUUGUGCAGGUAAAUGCUCAAACAGAAGAAGAUAUCUGUCCUCUGGUAUCAGCUGUAGCAGCCAAUUCAUUGCCUUGCGUGGAACUGUUAGUAAAGGCAGGAGCUGAUGUCAAUGUUAGGGCUGGUGAAGCAACCCCUUUGCUCAUUGCUGCUCAUAAUGGUAGUGCAGAAAUUAUUAAGUGCUUACUACAAGCUGGAGCUGAUCCUAAUGCUGCUGAUGAGGAUGGUAACAAGCCAAUACAUGUUGCAGCUACAAGGGGCUGUCGGCCAGCUGUUGAAGCUUUGUUCGCAGUCACACCGCGGAUUCAGAGCGUUCCAGAAUGGAGUGUGGAUGGACUCAUUAAGUUUAUGCAAUCUGAGCCUAUCCUAUCUGAAACUAGGAUAAACCAGGAAAGAACAGAAGCUGGGAGGGAACCAAGCAAGAGAGAAACUAUUAUUCCAAAGAAAGAUUUACCCAAGGUGACUCCUGAAGCAAAGAAGAAAGCUGCAGAUGCGAAAGCGAGGGGAGAUGAGGCAUUUAAGAGGAAGGAUUACACUAUGGCUGUGGAUGCUUAUACACAGGCAAUCGAUUUUGAUCCAACUGAUGGCAUUCUGUUUUCAAAUAGAAGUCUUUGUUGGAUCCGCUUGGGGCAAGCUGAACAUGCUUUACGUGAUGGCAAGGCCUGCAGACAACUUAGACCAGAUUGGGCAAAAGCUUGUUUUCGGGAAGGCGCAGCUCUACGGCUAUUGCAGAGAUUUGAAGACGCAGCCAAUGCUUUCUAUGAGGGCGUACAGAUCGACCCUGAAAGUAUGGAGCUCGCAACUGCUUUCAGGGAAGCUGUUGAGGCUGGUAGAGAAUUUCAUGGCAAGAAUAAGAAAAAUUCUCAGUCAUCCAGGAGUUAGUGGUGUUAAGAAAGUGCAUAAUGACUGGGUUUCUGCCGGAGCAAGUAGAUAAUUUUAUCGGACAUGCCCUUUUUUUUGGUAGUUUUAGAAUGUAUCAUGUGAUUUGUUCUGUUGCAUCUUCAGAAAUUUAUACUCAAUAUAAUUUCUCUUAAGUUUUGUGAGGUUCCUCCCACAGACCUCAAGUUUCCCUUUUAGUAAUAUUUUAAAAUUUGAUUUA